CCCCGUGCCUUAGGGCUGCCCCUUCCGCGUGCCGGUGACCUCCAACCGCGCGGGCCUGGCGCCAUCUUGGAUGUCUCGUGGGUUGGGGGAGCGAGCGUGCCUUGGAGCUGGCGAAAGUCAAAUCCCAGGGAGAAUUCUUAACCACUGUGCCACGGGAAGUCUGGGAUAACAGGUCUUAAAGCUGGGACCAAGGAGCUUCUUGUUCAGACCAGGAGAAGUCACUUGAUUAUAAGGAAAUCUUAGAAGCUGUGUGGAGGAAAUCCUGACUUCAGGGUUCUAAUUCCAUCUCUGCUGAGACUUGAGCUCUCCUGCCACGGCCCUUCAGCCCCUGAAAAUGUACGCUUGCACCAAGUUCAUCUCCACCUCCUCCUUGAUCAGGAGAACCUCUCCACUAUUGAACCGAUCACUGUCUGCAGUGGUGCUGAAACAACCAGAGACACUGACAGAUGAGAGCCACAGCAGCUUGGCAGCCCCACAUCCCCUGACCACCUCACUUAUUCCUAGCCGCGGUUUCCAAACCAGUGCCAUUUCAAGGGACAUUGACACAGCCGCCAAGUUCAUUGGAGCUGGGGCUGCCACAGUAGGGGUGGCUGGCUCUGGGGCUGGAAUUGGGACUGUGUUCGGGAGCCUCAUCAUUGGUUAUGCCAGGAACCCUUCUCUGAAGCAACAGCUAUUCUCCUACGCCAUUCUGGGCUUUGCCCUCUCAGAAGCCAUGGGACUCUUUUGCCUGAUGGUGGCCUUUCUCAUCCUCUUCGCCAUGUGAAGGAGCCGUUUCCACCUCCCAUAGUUCUUUCUCCCGUGUCUUGUCUGCCCUGUAUGUUCCUUUUCCUGUACCUCCCCAGGCAGCCUGGGGAAAGGGGUUGGCUCAGGGUUUGACAGAAGGAAGACAAAUAGAUACUGUAUUAAAAAGAUGUUUCUUGAG